UAGCGUUACCAUGCAUUCCAAAAUACUCUUUUUAAUGCUUUUUAAAAGUGUAAAAUGGUGUCGAAUAGUACUUUUAUUUUUGUCCUUUCAAGUGUGUAAUGCCGAGCGCAACAUUUAUUAUGCGGAGGAAGCGUGUUCCCAGCAAACAAGCUCUGUGAGGUAUACUUUAGGAGUUACGGGCAGCACCAGUUCGGCCAUAAUUAAGGCAACGAGAUCGUCCAGUCACUCUGCUCCUUAUCACUGCAACAUAACAUUGUCCACGUUCUCUUCCGAUACUCACAUUCUACUUGACAUCAAGAAAACUGACUUUUACAGUCCUGAUUCUUGUAAUAAUUACAUUAAGUUAUACAUUCAGGGAAACGAAUAUUGGAAAUUAUGUAAAGACGACGAAGCUCUGACUUAUAUGUCUCAUCGUAGCGCGGUUACCUUUACCUAUCACACAGAAAAUAAAGGCGUUUUUGAUUCCGGAUUCGAAAUUGUCUUCACCGCCUACAGCAAUCUGUGUACCGACGUCUUCAACUUCUUGUGUAAGAAUACAAGAUGCAUUUCUAAGACACUAAAAUGCGACGGUAUCAAUAACUGUGGAGAUAACAGCGACGAAUUAACAGAAGAACCUUCCAAUUGUGGUCUUUCUGGCGGAGGAAUUGCGGGGAUUAUUUUAGGAGUGAUGCUAUUCGUCUUCAUUCUUUCGAUCGUCAUCUGGUGCCUGAAAAAAAGGAAACAGCGUAGGUCAAACCCAAGGGCUUACAUCGCCAAGAUUGAUUUAAACAAUACUUAAUGUCCAUAGGAUUUGUAUUUAUACACGUAAAUAUAUUUUAGACGAAAUAUAGGCCCAAAAUAUUGUAAAAACUAAAAAUAAAAUUAUAUUUUAAAUUCGCGUAAAUGAUACAAAUUAGACUAGUUUAAAUUUCGUCAUUCGUUAUAAAACGCGCUACGUCAAUACAUCAUUAUACGUCAUAAUUAUUCGUUUAAGUAGCAUUUUUCAAAUUAAUCUCUGACUUGACGUCAUAAAGUAUUAAUGAUCGCUAGUAUUUAGUAAUUGUGUAACUUAGAUUCUCGUUACGUGAAGGUUUAAAAGGUUACGAUAUUUUUAUGGCCUAUGGCUUUUCUGUCGCUUGUAACAGUCAAUCAGAACUGUCAACCGAAAAAUAUCCUUAGUCCUUUAGUUUAAUGUAUCAUGAUUAAAGAGAGAAAUUUCCGAUAUUAUUAAGAAGCAGGCAAUUGCGAAAGCUACAUCGAUUAGAAGUGAAUUUAUUUUUAAGAAAAUUCACUUCUAAACAUUUUUCUUUUA